AGCGGCGGCGUCGGCUUUCCGGCGCGGGCGGCGCCGGCUCUGCGGCGCGGUCGGUGUCGGCUGCGUGCCAUGUUGCCGGCCGGGGAUAAUGUCCGAAUGCGAUCCGGAUGAGCGGCGCCGCGCGACAGCCGUGAGCAGCGCGGUCGGGCAGACGUCGCGCCGUCGGGGCUCGAUGCGACAGCGGCGCGCCGCGGCACCCCGGGCAGCCCCUCCGACCUCGCCGCCAGCCGAGCCGCGCGCCGGUCGCCACCAUGCUGGACAUCUUUCGCGGCCUCAAGAGCUUCAUCAAAGUCAGUCACGUGCAGACCGACUCGGCCGUGUUCAGGAUCCACUACUCGGUGACGGUGCUAAUCCUGCUGGCGUUCUCGCUGAUCGUCACAACGAGGCAGUAUGUCGGCAACCCCAUCGACUGCAUCCACUCCAAGGACAUUCCAGAGGACGUGGUCAACACGUUUUGUUGGAUCCACACCACGUACCACGUGCCGUCCGCCUUCCACCUCAAGAUGGCCAAGAGGCCCGGCGAGACGGGGGAGGUGGUGUACCCCGGCAUCGGGAAGCCGCAGCAUGACGGCGACAUCAAGUACAUCAAGUACUACCAGUGGGUGUGCUUCUGCUUGUUUUUCCAGGCGAUGCUGUUCUAUAUCCCGCGGUGGUUGUGGAAGCACUGGGAGGGUGGUAAGAUCCACGCCCUGCUCAUGGACAUGGACAUCGGGCUGGUGGCCGACGUCGAGAAGAAGCAGAAGAAGAAGAUGCUGCUAGACUACCUGCAGGUCAACCUGCGACACCAUAACUACUGGUUCUACAAGUACUUCUUGUGCGAACUGCUCGCCCUGGCAAACACAGUUGGCCAGAUCUUCCUGAUGAACCGGUUUUUCGACGGCGCGUUCAUGACGCUCGGUCUAGACGUGAUCGCGUACUCGGAGCAGGACCCCGAGGAGCGCGUGGACCCGCUCAUCUGGGUGUUCCCGCGCAUGACCAAGUGCACCUUCCGCAAGUACGGCCCCUCCAGCAACAUCGAGGUGAUGGACGUACUGUGCAUCCUGCCGCUCAACAUCGUCAACGAGAAGCUGUACGUGUUCCUGUGGUUCUGGUUCCUGGGGCUGGCCGGCCUGACGCUGAUCAACAACCUGUUCCGCGUGGUGCUGAUGAUCAGCCCGCGGGUACGGGCGUACUUCCUGCAUGUGCGGCUGCGCUUCGUCAGCCGCGACGCCAUCAACGUCAUCAUCCGGCGCUCGCGGAUCGGUGACUGGUUCCUGCUCUACAUGGUCGGCCAGAACAUGGACGCCACCAUCUUCAGCGAGGUCAUGUCCGACCUGGCCCGCCGGCUGGGCCACAAGGGCAAGGACUACACGGAGGCUUGAGGAAGACGCGCUGGAGGUCCCCGCGAGGAGCACCUUCCUGAGCGGCAGCCGCACCGUCGUCUCCAGCGAGAUGGCCGGCCGGUCAUCCCAAGCUGUCGUGAGCGGCCGCGGAGUGCAGAGGAGGGAGCGGCCCACCGCGGCGCUCUCUCCUGCCGUGACCCGGCUGGGACGCUCGGCGCGGCCCUAGAGUGACACGAGAACGCUCCGCGCGGCGAUAGUGUUCGGGCACGCGACAGCGGCCGACCCGGAGAUGAUGACGGGCAAACAAGCCAGCUCAUUUGCGUCGGUGGGUAGCGUGAUGGUGCAGCGAUGACGGUGGGGGGCGGGGGAGGGGGGCAUUUGGGGCGUCGAAGGGUGCACGUGCUGAAGGGAAGUCGUGCUUGUGAGUGUGAGGGCAUGCUGCUGGCGGCGUUCGGACUGUCCUGGUUAAUCAAGACGUGUUACUUUGAGCUCGUCAUAUGAGUUGAGCGCUGGAGGACAUGUGUCGCUGCAGCGUUGCUGUGUGUUGUUUUGGUUACUGCGUUCUUUCGGGUGCGUGGAGGGAAGCGGACGUGUGCAAACGUUUUCAAGUCAUAGUUGAGCGAGCAUUGGAGCCGCAUCACUCCUUCUGUCGGGACCGGAGGGACCAAUGGAGUGCCUUCGCUCUGCCGUCACCGCCCGGUGCGUCUGUCCAGACGUCAUCGAUCUGCCGUCACCGCCCGGUGCGUCUGUCCAGACGUCAUCGAUCUGCCGUCACCGCCCAGUACGUCUGUCCAGACGUCAUCGCUCUGCCGUCACCGCCCCGUCACCGCCCAGUGCGUCUAUCCAGACGUCGUCGCUUUGCUGUCACCGCCCAGUGUGUCUGCCUAAGACGUCAUGAAGCGCUGUUGCACCUCCUCCAUCCACUUUUAGAGACUCGCCGGAUCUUAUGACUACGGCUCGGCGUGCCAGAGCCGGAUAUGCAGUCGAUGAUGAGUGCGUUUGGAUCGAAGACGCCGCCUUCUGGGUUACUGUAACGGUAGUGCCAACUGUGCGAUGGAAACGUGCUGAGUAGGGGAUGCUGAGUAGGGGAUGAGAUCAUCCCUCAUCCCUAUGCUGAGUAGGGGAUGAGACGACAACGUGCGAUCACCCCCGUGCUGAGAGGGGGAUGAAACGACAGCGUGCGCUCAUCCCUGUGCUGAGCAGGGGAUGAGAUGACAGUGUGCGCUCGCUCCUUUGCUGAGUGGGGGAUGAGAUGAUAACAUGCGCUCAUCCCUGUGCUGAGUUGGGGAUGAGAUGGAAAUGUGCGCUCACCGUCGUACUUUUCACAUAAUUCAGUAUAGAUGUUCGUUUUCUUGUAUCAUAUGGUGUAGGCAGCAUUACUACAGCAUUUAUUGUGAUAUUCUCCCAUUGCAUGCAAUCAAAACAGACCACCUGUGCGAUGUCCGGUGGUGCCUUCGGGCACGCUCCCAGCGGCCUAACAGCUGACCACCAUAGCAUGUGCUGUCCACUGCCCAGCGACCUUAGCUUCGUAUCUCCUCUGCUCAAUGCGCGAUAUUGUAUGUUUGGAUGUUUCACUAGAUUUGUCCGCGGCCUUUGGCACUGCGAUUUUCAACGUCUGGUAAAAUGGAGCUGGAUUCUAGCCUUGCUUCGUCACACUUAGAAAAUGCUUCCAGAAAAAAUAUAAAAUUGCUAAGGAUUCACACACGGCUCGCGAGGAUUGACAAGAACACUGCCUUGUGGCUUACGUCACACGAAUGUGCAAUGCUGGCAGGUGUGAUUGUACAGUGUACAGUGGGCCCGGAUGCAUGAGCGCGUGUGUGGCGACGCACGGCACCCAGCUCUCAUUUAGACGUGGUCUGGACGCCGCACAAGGAGUCUAUCCUGGAGAGCGACGCUCAGACGUGUGCCCGAGUCCCCGAGGCGAAUAUACUACAUUUAUCUUA